UUGGAAGUUGGCAGGUGGAAAGGCAGGUUGGGAGGGGAAGUCGGGGGAGGAGGCGGAAGAGGAGCUGUCUGAAGGGGGAGGAGGGAGGGAGGAAAAGAGGAGGAGGCGGAGGAGAACUGAGCUGAGCAGAGCUUCGAGCCAAAGGGGAGAUGAGUUUGUCUGUCCUCGGCUAAGGCUCCGGCCGGGCCUAGGGAACUGGGAGCGCGGGUUGGAGCGACACCCGUGGAAGUGGGAGGAGGUCACUCUGGGACUUUAACCCCUUGAGGGCUCUGCGGCAGGGGAUUUAACCCUUUGUGGAUUCGUCCCCUCGAAGGCAGCGUCAUCGGGUAGUUUUAACCCCUUCGGGUUGGGUUUAACCCGUUGGACUUAAACCUCAUCUCCUUGCCCACCGACUCCACGAUCGUGGGGGCGCUCUGCGGGGAGGGUCGAAGCCCAUCCCUUCCACACAUUACGCACUGUUCUUGCCGCUGCACCCCUUUGGACCUGCUAGCUGGCCGCGCUCUGGGCGCUUAACCCUUUACUGACUUGAUUCCAAGUUGCAAUUGGAGUUUGUUGACAGGAGGAUCGUCAAAGGCGUCACUGAAGAAAUUACAGAUCGAAGAGAACUCUGUUGGACAUUUUUUUUUAAAGAAGAAUCUUUCUUCUCCUUAAGGACUUACAGCCAAAAUUUCCCAAACUUCGAGGACUUUACUAGCCAUGGCCGAGCCAUUCUUGUCAGAAUACCAACACCAGCCUCAAACUAGCAACUGUACAGGUGCUGCUGUUCAUGAAGAGCGGAACCCUGAGCGCCCCCCUGGCGUGGAGGAGCGGGUGCCUGAGGACAGUAGGUGGCAAUCGAGAGCGUCCCCCAGGUCGGGUGGCCGUCCCGGGCCGGAGGGGGAAGGGAGUCUGGAGCCCCAGCCACCUUCUCUGCAGACCCAGGCCUGUCCAGAGUCUAGCUGUCUGGACGCGGGAGAGAAGGGUCGGGAUGGGGACGACUCGUCCACUGGCGGCGCCUCCCCGCCGGCGGGAGAGGAACCUAUGUCCGAGCUGCUCGCCCAGCCAUGUCCUGACUCCGAGACCAAGUUGGGGGCUCCUGCCGCUGGGGGCGAGGAGGCGUGGGGACAGCAGCUGAGACAGCUGGGCAAGAAAAAACAUAGGAGACGCCCCUCCAAGAAAAAGCGGCAUUGGAAACCGUAUUACAAGCUGACCUGGGAGGAGAAGAGAAAGUUCGACGAGAAGCAGAGCCUGCGAGCUUCGAGGAUUCGAGCCGAGAUGUUCGCCAAGGGCCAGCCGGUCGCACCCUAUAACACCACGCAGUUCCUCAUGGAUGAUCACGACCAAGAGGAGCCGGAUCUCAAAACCGGCCUCUACCCCAAGCGGGCUGCCGCCAAGUCCGACGACACCAGCGAUGAGGACUUUAUGGAAGAAGCGGGCGAGGAGGACGGGGGCAGCGAUGGGAUGGGAGGGGACGGCAGCGAGUUUCUGCAGAGGGACUUCUCGGAGACGUACGAGCGGUACCACGCGGAGAGCCUGCAGAACAUGAGCAAGCAAGAGCUCAUCAAGGAGUACCUGGAGCUGGAGAAGUGCCUCUCGCGCAUGGAGGACGAAAACAACCGACUGCGGCUGGAAAGCAAGCGACUGGGUGGAGACGACGCCCGUGUGCGGGAGCUGGAGCUGGAGCUGGCCCGGCUGCGCGCCGAGAACCUCCAGCUGCUGACAGAGAACGAACUGCACCGGCAGCAGGAGCGAGCGCCGCUGUCCAAGUUUGGAGACUAGACUGAAAACUUUUGGGGGGAGGGGGGAAAGGGGACUUUUUACAGUGCUGGAAUGUAACAUUAUAUACAUGUGUAUAUAAGACAGUGAACCUUUUUAUGACACAUAAUCAGAAGAGAAAAUCCCCCUGGCUUUGGUUGGUUUGGUAAAUUUAGCUAUAUGUAGCUUUUCGUGCUUUCUCCUGUUCUUUAAUUAUAUGAAACUGAAGGGUUGCUUUUCUUUUCAUUUUUAGAAGUUUUUUAAUGUGUAAGUAAUUUGACCAAGUUAUAAUGCAUUUUUCUGUUAAAAAAAAAAUCCCCUCCUUGAACGGAGCUAUAAAGGUGGCCAAAUCUGAAAACAUUAAAUUCUAGUUAUAAUAAAAUUUAAUAUUUGUAAAUGUAA